GGCUGCUGUGGACCCCUCUGAGGAUCCCCCCUUUCCCCAGGGCUGUAUGAUCUUUGCUCCUGCACUUUGCACCUUGGGCAGUCAUGGCUGGGCAGGAGGCACUUGGAGCGACUGGAUGUGCCCUGGGCCAGAUGGGAACUGUUCCCACAGCCUUUUCUCUGGGCUAGGAGAGGUGUUGGGUUUACCAGCCCCUUACCACGAAUGACACUGUGGUUCUGGUUCUUUCCAAGAGCCUGUGAGGAACCAGUGGGAAUUUCUCUCCCAGACAGGUGGAUGUGGCAGCCAUGGCGCGGCUCUUUGGCUACGUGGAUGUGACCGACACUGGCUUCAUUGUGGCUGUGCUCUCAAUCGCCUUCAACCCUCUCUUCUGGAAUGUGGUAGCCAGAUGGGAGCACAAAACACGAGCUCUCAGCCAAGUCUUCGGCUCUCCCCAUGCUGCCUGUUACUGCCUGGGUGCUGUGAUCCUGGUGCUGAACUGUGUGAGGAGCCACUGCUUCACAGAAGCCAUGAAGAGCCAGCCGAAGGUGGAGGGCUGGGACAGCCACUGGACCUAUUACUCAGGCUUGGCCAUCUCGGCUGUGGGGACCUUGUUUGUCAUCUCCAGCUUCUUAGCACUGGGAUUCACUGGGACCUUUCUAGGUGAUUACUUUGGCAUCCUGAUGGAGGAAAAAGUGACCAGCUUUCCCUUCAGCGUCCUGGAUAACCCCAUGUACUGGGGCAGCACAGCCAUCUACCUGGGCUGGUCCCUCAUGCACGCCAGCCCAGCUGGCCUUUUGCUGACAGCUGUAGUGGCAAUUUCCUACACAAUCGCUGUGCUGUAUGAGGGGCCUUUCACAGAGGAAAUCUAUCGGAGGAAGCAGAAGGGAGUGAAGAACAAGUAACCCCAGAGCACUCUCUCGGGUACCUCGUGCCUCUCCGGUCCCCACACUGUCCAGUUUGCCCAUUUUCCUACUGAGAUGUAUCCUAGUAAUUAACCCAGCAACCCUUAAUGAGCCAACUGAGCUCCCUGCAGCACUGGAAGUGACCAGAGGAACAGCCUGAGCGUGGUGGCAGCUCCUUGCCACAGCCCAUGGGAGAUGGAGGUCUCUGUCCCCAGGUCUCUGUCCAGGUCACUGCAGCUCUCCUGGGAGUUACACAGGACAGGACCUCCCCACCUCUUCUCCCACACCGAUUAUUGGAGAUCUGCAGGCACAAAGGAAUUCCCUUUGGACUGGAGGGAGAGCAGAGUCGUGAUGGAAACACCAUAAGUGAGCUCUGAGCAUUUGGAAGAACCAGCUCCAGCUGCUGCUGAAGAUCAUCUGAAGGUGCUGCCCAAAAGCCACGAGAAGCAGACAAAGCUCAGGUGCAGCAAUGGAGAGAGCUCAGGAACCCCUGAAGAUUCAAACACAGAUUGGGAAGGAACAGGAGAAACUGCUGUGAGUUCAACAACAGCAAAACCUGCUGCAAACCCAAAAACCAACCCCUUCUUUUCUGAGAAAGGAACCUCCCUGUCCAGAGCUGCAGUUUCCCACCCAGCGUUUCCACAGUACUGCAAAGGCUCCCAGAAAAGUGACUGAAAAGCGCAGGAAUGUGAAUGUAUGACCUAAACCACAGCCCAGGGGCAUGGAGGGAUGGCAGCUGUCUCGUGGGGUAUGGAGAAGACCCAGGGGAAGAGUCAAUCCGUGUCUGCACUUCGCAGAUAUCCCACCCCUGGCCAAGUUGAUGCCCUAAGCCCCUCCUUUUCCUUGGGUCCACAUGAGGGUCCUGCUGCCUUUCCCACCACCCAGUGCCUUCCAGCUGUUUUUCACUGUCUUGCAGGGGCAGUGGGAGAGAGGGAAGAGAGGGAAAGGUUUGUUUCUGCAGCAGCCACGUACAGAUGUGCCCCUCCGCCCCUGCCACCAGCCUUGGCAUGUCCCAAAAUUGUCCAGUGCUGAAUCCUGCCUUCGACAGAAAGAGUCCACAGAGUGUUGCUCCAGUCCCAGGCUCUGUUUUCACAGAUUCCCAGAACAGUUUGAGGAAUAAAUGACUGUAAAUGACCGAACGAUGGGCUGCUGGAGAAGGGAGCUGUGCUGCUGCCAGCUCCAGGGCGGGCACUGGAAUGCAGGGCCACAUCUCAGCAUCAUCACAUCCUCCCCUCCACAGAGGGUCCUCUCUCUUCUCACUGUCACCUCCAUGAAACGGUUCCAUUUCCUUUGGCUUUUACACCUUGUAAUUAACUCACCCUCCAGGCAUUGCUCAGCAGAAUUAAAAGUGUUGGUCUCUUUUCAGUCCGGCCUCCAUUUCCUUUGGCAGGGUCUCAAAUGCUGUGUUUGUGUUUCAUCACUUCAGAACCAUUACACAUAGAUUUAUUUUUUUAUUGCCAUCUCAACCACCUUCCUCUCAAUGAUUUGGGCAUAGUACUUUAUUUUUAGAUAAGUUUCCACAUUCCCUUCACAGCUAAUGUUUAUAGAUGGAGGCUAAACCAGCCCAGUACCCAUAGCAACCAUCGAGGAGAGGAUACAUUGCAUUAUUCAGACAAUUUAUGUCAGAGUUGCCAGUCCUGGCUCAAAGUCUCUGAUGUCAAUAAACUUGGAUUUGUUGAUAAGUGAAA